AUGGCGAACACCACGCUGUACACUUUGGCUGUUGCCAUAUUUGCGCCUUACGCAUUGCGUCAUGGCCUCACAUGGCUUGCCAGGUAUCGAAAUCGAGGAGCAUCUGUACCGAAUGUGGCGACGAAUGCAGUGGGUAAGACGAAACUCUUGGAUCGAUCUUCGCCCAGCGACUGGAUGAUAUUGGCCAUCACCAGCUUGACCAUCCUCAUCUCGCUCAACAACCUGUUGCACAUCCCGUGGGACCUCGUCGCCUUGGCUAGAGCGGAUGCAUAUGACCCGUCAGUCACUAUCAGGGCGAACACGAUGGGAAGAAGUUUGAGCGAGCUUAGAUGGCCUUAUGGAGAGGCGGCCUUGGAUGCCAUGUACGGCAAGCUGGGACAGUACGAGAGCAGACGCUUGUACCUGCGCAUCGGUGCAGCGCCUUUGAUGGAGUGUAGAUACUGCACAUCAGCAAGAGAGUACACCGGGUACGCCAUGAUCCAGACUCUCUUCUUCCACAUUUCGAGGCUGCUCGUCUUGGGUCUCGUUACCUGCUCCAGCACCACGCUUCAAUCUCUUGACGCUGUGCUGCUGCGUCUGGCGGGCAGUGAGUUGGUGCUGAAGGAAGUGGGCAAGGAUAGGAGCAUGUGGCGGAAAGUCGGCAUUUGGACCAUUGCUUCUGCGGUCGCUUUCGAAAGCGCCGUUAUGAACGACUACGUCGGAGAAAUCCAAAAGAAUCAGGGCUGGCUCAAUCACAUCCAUACCAAUCUCUUCAUCGCACGCAAUCUCCUCGUCAUCGCGCUUUUCGGUCUGAUCUUUUUGCAGCCAUCGGCGCUACAUCCCGCACCUAUCACUAAAGUGCAGCUCUCCAUGCGCUCCAUAGCCACCUCUCUAGAGAGCACGCUUCUCCUCACGCAAGCCCAACACAUUGGCACCGACGUGUUAUGGAGAGAUCCAGGGUUGAGGGAGAUCGUGGGAGGGAGAGCUGCACAUAAUCCAUUGAGGAGAGAUGAGGAGGAUAUCAGAGAGGCGAAAGCGAGCGAGGCGCUGCCCAGAGCUUUAGUCGAAGGUCACUGGAACACUGCAAAGACUGCUGCACAACGAGCUUGGGCAGAGUCAGAAGUGGCGAAUGCGAAGGCUGAGGCGGGGCAGAAGUGA